AUGGGUCGUCUUGCUGGUAAAAACGCCGUCGUUACCGGUGCCGCUGGUGGCAUCGGCCUCGAAACCACCAUCCUCUUCGCCAAAGAAGGCGCCAACGUGCUCAUGGCCGACAUUUCUGAGCCCGCUCUGGAAAAGGCCCUGGCCAAGGUCAAGCAGCUCGUUCCCUCUGCCAAGGUUGAAACAAAGGUACGCACCAUGUCCAGUCCCCAGUCACCAACAACCAGAAAGGGACAGCAGACUAAAAGCAAUUCAUCACAGAAAUGUGACGUCUCCAAAGAAGCCGACGUCAAAGCCCUCGUCGAAUCCGUCGACCCCUGGGGCGGCCUCGACAUCAUCUUCAACAACGCCGGCAUCAUGCACGCCAAGGACGACGACGCCGUCAACACCCCCGAGGAGAUCUGGGACCUCACGCAAAACAUCAACGUCAAGGGCGUCUGGUUCGGCUGCAAGCACGCCGUGCUCUCGCUGCGCCGCCACAAAAAGACCAAGGGCAGCAUCAUCAACACGGCCUCGGUCGUCGCCAUCGUCGGCGCCGCCACGCCCCAGCUCGCCUACACGGCCUCCAAGGGCGCCGUGCUGGCCCUGACGCGCGAGCUGGCCAUGGUCCACGCCCGCGAGGGCUUCAGGUUCAACAGCCUGUGCCCCGCGCCGCUCAACACCCCGCUGCUGCAGGACUGGCUGGGCGACGACCAGGCCAAGCGUCACCGCCGCGAGGUGCACUUCCCCACGGGCCGCUUCGGCGAGGCCAUCGAGCAGGCUCAUGCCGUCGUGUUCCUGGCCAGUGACGAGGCCAGCUUUGUGAAUGGCCACGACUUUGUCGUCGACGGCGGCAUGACCAAGGCCUAUGUUACCCCGGAGGGGCCCGCUGCUGCCGCCCCCCAGAACAAUGCUUCCAAGAACUCGUUGGCGUAG